CCUCCCACGUCCAACAAGCAUAAGCUUCUGCUGCUACCACCCGCAGCUCACCUAAGCCCCCAGCCGUCGCCUCAACACGACCCUCGAUCAAAGCGACGACACGGUAACCCACGUCAUGUCUGGCUACGCCUCCCCAGCGCCCUCGGAUGGCGCCAACGAGCGCUCCAAGAAGGUCAUGUUCAGGUUCUGCGCCGAAUGUUCCAACCUGCUCUACCCCAAGGAAGACGAGUCGACGCGCCAGCUCAUGUUCGCCUGCCGGACCUGCAGCUACAGCCAAGAUGCCGACACGGCGUGCAUCUACCGCAACGACAUGCACAACACGGCGUCCGAAACGGCCGGUGUGACGAGUGACUUGGGCCAAGACCCGACGCUGCCCAGGGCGAAGGAACCAUGCCCCAAGUGCGGCGAGGAGGCAGUGUUCUUCCAGUCACAGCAGCGGACGGCUGAGACCGGCAUGAAACUCUACUACGUGUGCGUCAGCCCGACCUGCGGCCUCGUGUGGCAGUAGGCGCGGCGCCGCUCGUGGGGAUGGUUUGAAGGAUGGUAUCGAGGCCCAAGGGAUAGCAUUUGUACGAACUCUAUGUGGUCACGUCUGGUUAUCAAAAGGGAAAUCGAGCAUGGAGUUACAGGGGAGAUUUUGCUCUGUUUUUACUGGCUUUUCUCUGUCUUUACAUGGCGUUUUGUAAACAACAAAUCCGGGGGUUUCUGAUACCCAAACGGUCCGGCAUAGAGGCACAAUGUUUCUACUGAUUUUCUCAACGACCACAUGCCUUCUUUACUCCGCUACUCCUCCGCUCAUAUGCUUCUUUCAAUAUUUUUACACAUGCUGCGGGG